CAUCCUGGGCUCAAAAUUGGACCUUAUUUAGUCCACUUCCGCGCUGAGAAUUGCUGCUCAUAGGUGACCGCACAGCUGUGGUGGAGUGGAUGAAGUGGAUGGUUGCCCUGAACCUGUGCCGGAGGUGCUCACCUGUGCAGGUUCUUGGACAUCAUCGCAGUAUGCUUUGCGCCUGCGGCUUUUUCGCAUGAAUUGCACUGAAUCCUGGCGCAACAAAACCCGCCUGCUGAUGCUUGGGCCAUCAACACGGUUCUGGAACGUUGUGGUUAACUCCGGUUUUCAAUGCGUGUGCAAUGUGGAACUUGGAUGGUGCCUUUCUGCAGCCACUGAAGGGCUUUGAUGGUCUCGCCAAAGUGCGGACAUGCAUGGCAGCCCUCGAAGUGGGCAUGGCAGAAAGUCGCAUUUCUUGUCGCUUUGCUACUGUCACCAGCAUAUGUGCAGGUGUGGCGUUCUAUUGCAUCAGAACCCGUACGUGCCCGCGGCAGAGUGGGCCCCAGCACGAGGCUCCCGUUCCUCCUGAAGCCUAAGAAGCGCUUCGUGGCAUUUCGCGUUGGUGAUUGGCUGUGCUUGCUUCACCCGUGGGGGCUCAAUGUAACUCUGAAGAAUGCUGCUGGCAAACCUCUUUUUCUAGCUGAGGAAGGCUCUGCAGUUCGCUGGGUGCCACCUCGGGCUGCCUUCUCCUCGUUCAAGCCUACAAAAGCCUGGGUGCGAAGGGUGCUGACUUUAGAGUCCGUGUACCUAACUGAGCUCCACGCUUGGGCAAGAUUUGACGCAAUACACGGCGAUCCCAAGGCCAUUUCACGGGCUGACAGAUAUGAGCGGAGAGACAAGAGCCAAGGGUGGCCCCGAGCAGUUCGGGCGGCAAAGACCAAACAGCGGCUCAACACGUUGAUAGUUGAGGCUGCAUCUUGCAGUGAAAGCUCAUCAGAUAUCGCCUUGAUCCUGGAUGGCUCAGAGGGCCAAACUUGCCGCGGGCUCACUGGGAAGCUGCCCCAGCUCCAUUGCCUGGCGCCCAACGUGGCGCCAGAGACACAGCAAGCGCUGGAGCAGCUGGACAGGUGCUUCAGCUGGUGUGGCCGGAUUGAGGACUUUCUGCGUUGCGACCUUUCUAGUCUGGGUGCGGUGCGGCUGUGUUACCUGGACCACACAGGGUGCUUUGCAUCGCGCGCUAGCCACAUCGAGGCUGCAUUCAGGUCAGGAGUUCUGCGACCAGGGUCAGUCUUGGCCUGCACGUUUUCAAUGCGACAUUCGCCUGUUGAGGAUGUUGCCAGUCGCCGGUGGCUUCCCACGGGGCGCUGGGGGCGCUGGAGUCAAGCUUUGGCGCUCUUCGCGCUGAUCACGGUGCUGCGCAGCUGUGCCCACGCGGUUGCCUUGGAUGUUGUAGGGAUCGACCUGCCAGGACUGAAUGAUUACGAUCUUUCUCGCGGUGCCUGUGCUGGCCAGAUGCAGGUAGACUUCACCAAUCCUGCUGCUUCUGCAGUAGAGGCACUACGACAAGGUGACAACCUGCGACUGGCGCAGGCGGUGUUGGCAUGGUCGAAGGAGCGUUGCGAUGACCAGUUGGAUUGGCUGCGCGAUUCCAUUGCGCCUAGUGCCAGUCGAGUACUGGAAGCCUGCCAGGGUCAAGUCUUGGGCUGUGCCUGGCGUGGUGGGGGUCAAAGUCGGGGCAGCCCUCAUUGCUUGCUGGGUGGCGCUGCGGCUGUGAAGGACCGUGACCUUACAGCGCUACGGCGGGCUGCAAGACGUCUUGCUGACAGCAAUGAGAGCGGAGCAACUGGAUUUGGGGCAGACGGGGCAGCUGGGGAGUCCAAAGUUGACAAAGUUGACACCUUCAGACGCUGCGUCCUGACCUACCCUGAGGAGAUGAUGUUUUGCAUGGUGAAAGUGACAAAAAAUCACCCAACUCACUGUAUGGUUGGUACGCGGCCGUAA